CUUUACUGCCAUAAUGGUCAUACUCGUCUACAGCAUGACCACAGAAAGAAUGACUGCAAUCAGGCGUCUAAUCUCAAAGAUACAAGAAAAGCCAGUUCUUUGCCCAGUACCGAUCUCUCAGGAGAGCAUCACUCCACUCAAAAACACCAAACACCUCCUGGUGUCAGCUUUCAUGGACCGUAGAGUGAAGGGUUUUGACAUACGUAUCAUUGGGAUAUUCAAAAGAGACUCCAUCCAUCCUCUUCACUGCUCUUUCUGCUGUGGUAGUGUAUUUAAUGAAACCACUCCUGCCAAAAUUCUCCCACACAGCUAUCACUUUAGUUUUCCUUUUGGCGUUGCGGAUGUCCUGUGUCCGCUUCCCAAAAACUGUGAUGCUUCUCAUAUCACUCUUCUGACUAAUCCUUCAGCUAACGCGUCUGAACACACAUUUAUUCCUGUAAGAAACAAAAAUGAGAAAAUAAGGUUCAACUUCACCGUCUGCGUCUCUAACCUGUUUGGAGAAUACAACAACGUGCUUCAGUUUGCACAGACUCUGGAAAUGCACAAGUUGCUCGGUGUGGACAGAGUGGUGAUCUAUAACACCAGCUGUGGUCCAGAACUGGACCGUCUUUUACAAGGUUAUAUCCAGGAGGGUUUUCUUGAAGUGGUUCCAUGGCCCAUUGACAAGUUCCUGAAACCGUCUUGGGGCUGGGAUAUAACAAAAUAUCCAGGAGACAUGCAUUACUUUGGACAGAUUGCCACCCUUAAUGAAUGCAUGUAUCGGUCCAUGGCGCGUUCACGCUACGUCCUGUUGAAUGAUAUAGAUGAGAUCAUAACGCCAUAUAAACAUAACAACCUGGUCUCUAUGAUGAAAACGCUGGAACCAAACUAUUCAGAUGUUGGAGAGUUCCUUAUUGAGAACCACAUCUUUCCAAAAAAGCACUUUGAACCAAGUGGGAGGUUUCAUCUUCCCCAGUGGGAGAAAGUUCCAGGAAUUAACAUUCUGGAGCACAUCUACAGAGAAAGCCCUGACAGAACUAAAUUCCAUCCAUACAAAUUGAUCGUUCAGCCAAGGUUGGUGGAGCAGACCUCAGUGCACUUUGUCGUUGAGAAGUUUGGAAAACAGUAUAAAGUUCCAAUGGACCUCUGUCGUAUUAUUCACGUUCGUGUAGCCCUUCAAGGACAUUUGAAGUUGGAGCAGCUUAAUGAAGACAAACGACUUUGGGACUUCCAGGAAAAACUGAUUCCUAAUGUGGACAAGGCGCUGAAGAGAGCAGGACUGAUUCCAGCAGAAGAACAAAACUGAUGUCCUUAAUAUUGUCAUGAAAAACACACAUUUUGCAAAAACAGUUAUUCUAUGUCAGAUUUCUCACUUUUUUUUACUUGAAGUUAGCACAAAACAAAGGAAAAAGGGAGUAAAAAUGUUUACUAAAUUAAAUAAAGUGGAGGUUGGAAUUAUUUAGCAGUGCUCAGGCAACUGAAUCUAAGAAAAUAUAAUAGAAAACUAUGUCUUCAGCUCUAUGAAUUUUUCCAAAACACUGUGUCUGGGUGUAGGAAUUAAUGUAAAGCUUUCAUUAGAUUUUUGAAAUGACAAAUUGUUCUGCUAAGGAAAUGUAUAUAAUGUCACUUGUUUUUUAUAAGGUUUUAUACCUUGUUAACUUAUUUUUUGCCGUCAUCAAUCAGGGAUCUAAAUUGUUGCUCAAGAACAAACGUGUUUGUAAGUGAUUGUCUGGGAAUGUGGCUGUGGACAGGUGACCUCUCCAGUGUGUUCUUGCAAUAAAAGGCAGAGGUGGGACCGA